UUUCCAAGACCGGAUGUUGUGUUGAAGGGACCAGGAAAUUAAGACAUCUGCUCCUAACCUGCUGGAUUUUGGCGUGCUUGAUGACGCUGUGGUCGGUGCGCGGAUGAGAGUGGACCCAAGUGCGGACGAAGGGCGUCCACGUCUCUCUUCUUUUUUUUUUUUUUGCACCGAAACAUCACGACCGAACUCUUCAGAUUUCCUCAGAGCGCGUCCGGAUCGCUUUUGUUUUGCUUGCUAGCGAAGAGUCACAUCGCCGAGCUUGCGUGGGCGUGAAAAUGUGCGCGAAACGCGUGAAAGAAGAAGAGGACGCGGAGGAAAUUUGUGGAACAAAAGACGAGAAGGCGCGACGAGCUCCACGAGGGGACGCUGCCUUUGUCACGCCCCCCACAGCAGACGUGCGUGAAGAUCUUCAUCCUGAGCGACAGCAACCAGAAUCAGUGCACAUAAAGGACGAAGAUGAAGAGGAGCCCCCCUACUUUGUCGUGGAAGUGCAGCCAGAUCCCCCGCACCUUAAAGACGAAGAUGGACAGGAGCCAGAGACCGUCCACAUCAAAGAGGAGGACCAAGAGACCGAGGAAGAGGGGCGGAACCUCGUCCAGUUUCCAGUGACCUUUGUUCCAUGUAAGACAGAAGAAGAUGAAGACAAAGGUCAAAGUGAAGAGAGCAGAGGGGCGGAGAAUCCAACUAGCAGCUCAAGAUCGGACAGCGUCUUAGCGCCGCUAUCAGAUAGCGACGACAUGACGUCGCACUCUCAUGAUCAUGAUGAUGAUGGUCAUGCUAAAAGUGAAAGGUCGAGUCACACGGACAACGCACGACGGGAAUGUUCUCUUUGUGGAAAAAGUUUUACUUCAAAGGGCGGUUUGAGAUUACACAUGCGAAUCCAUACCGGAGAGAAACCUUUUCCCUGCGCAGUUUGCGGGAAACGAUUCACGUUGAAGAGGGACUUGAAAACGCACACAAGGACUCACACCGGGGAGAAACCAUAUGCCUGCUCAAUUUGUGACCAAAGAUUUUCUCAAACGGGAAACUUGAGAAAACACGCAAGAACACACACCGGGGAGAAACCUUUCGCCUGCGCAAUUUGCGAGAAAAGAUUUGCCUUGAAGAAAAACUUGACAUCGCACGCAAAAACACACACUGGAGAGAAGCCUUUUGCGUGCUCAAUUUGUGAGAAAAGAUUCACUUUGAAGAAAAAUUUAACAACCCAUGUAAGAAGGCACACCGGAGAGAAACCUUUUGUCUGUUCAGUUUGUGAGAAACGAUUCAUUUUAAAGACAGAUUUGAUGAGACACACAAGGACACACACCGGAGAGAAACCUUUUGCUUGCUUAGUUUGUAAUGAAAGAUUCACUGCAAAGACAACUUUAGUCACACACACACAAAUACACACGAGAGAAAACCCUUUUUCCUGCUCAGUUUGUGGUCAAAGUUUCACUUUGAAAGGAGAUUUAGUAACACACACAGUGAUCCACUCCAGAGAGAAGGCUUUUGCAUGCUCAAUUUGCGGCCAACGAUUCAGUGCGAAAACAAAUUUAACAACGCACACCAGAACGCACACUGGGGAGAAACCUUUUGCCUGCCAAGUUUGUGGUCAAAAAUUUUCUAUGAAGGCAAAUUUAACUCGACACGCAAGAACGCACACGGGGGAGAAACCAUUCAGUUGCAGUGUGUGCGACAGAAGAUUUUCUAGUAAGCAUCAUGUUAAGAGGCACAAGUGUGUUGUGGAGAAUGGCGGCAUUUAAUGAAGCUUUAAGUAGAUUGGGAAAAAAAUGACUUGCCGUGUUGCUGUUGCUAUUCUGAUCCUGGUAAAAAGGAGGCUGACGUUAAAUCAAUAAAUCCAUCAAUGCCCAGAAGAACCACGGUGCUGUGUUCUGUAUCCAUGGAAGGCAACAAUAUUUGAGUGAUUCCACAUGUUUACAUACACUCAACAUGUCGCAUGAAUGUCAGUCUUUGGCUAGUGUGCAAUGUCCAUCUUUCAAGACUUGUGAAGACAAGAAUUGGCAGCUCACGUUCCAAUUUAUUUUGCAUUUUCUCAUCCACACUGGAUGAAAAUUAUA